AUGGGGCUCACCACAUUGCUGUACCUCUACGCCCUUUGUGUCUCCUUCCUUCUGGGGCCUGGCCUUGGUGCAGCUUCGGAAUGCACGUUUCCACCUCUCAUUGAUGCCACGCAAAGUGAGCUUCAGACAGGCCUUCGCCUGGGUUGCUUCACCAGUGCAGAUCUGGUCAGAGCUUACAUUGCACGAAUUCAUGAGAUCAACUCGAAGCUCAAUCCCGUCCUGGAAGUCAAUCCGGAAGCCAUGGAGAUUGCUGAGCAACUUGAUCUGGAGAGACAGCAAGGCACAACCCGUGGCCCUCUUCACGGACUCCCAAUUCUUGUCAAGGAUUUGAUAGCAACUGACGAUCGGAUGGAAACAACGGCUGGCUCCUAUGCACUGGUCGGAACGAAGGUUCCAGCCGACGCGACAGUGGUCGCAAAUCUCAGGAAAAGCGGCGCAAUAAUUCUCGGCAAAACAAGCCUGUCGGAAUGGGCGAAUACUCGCUCUACCAAUUCAUCGAAUGGCUGGAAUGCUGUAGGUGGCCAGACGUACGCUGCUUAUUAUGAGGAGCAGGAUCCAAGUGGGAGCUCGAGUGGCAGCGCAGUAUCGGCCGACUUGGGGCUUGCCUUUGCAGCCCUGGGGACAGAAACCGUUGGUAGUAUUAUACUGCCUGCCGAGAAGAGUAAUAUCGUUGGGAUAAAGCCCACCGUCGGUCUGACGUCGCGAUAUAUGGUAGUGCCCGUCAGCGAGCACUUGGAUACGAUUGGGCCGAUGGCAAGGACAGUCCGCGACGCAGCCUUGGUACUUCAAGUAAUCGCAGGUCAAGAUGCAAGCGACAACUAUACAUCGUCUUCGCCAUUUCAGGGCGCACUUCCUAAGUAUAUCGCGGCCUGCGACAUGAGAGGUCUGCAUGGCAAACGGAUAGGGAUUCCCCGAAAUGUUCUCAGUGCCCUGCCUCGCAGAUACUACCGUUCGGCCGGCCCAGUUCUGUCCUCGUUUGAAAGAGCUGUUGGAUCAAUCAGAAACGCCGGGGCGAUUAUUGUCGAAGACGCCAACUUCACUGCUUAUGAGUCGUAUCUGCAAACGCAGCUCCCGCAAUUGGUGAUUGCAGCGGACAUGCUCAGCGGAUUUUCAGCCUAUCUCGCGGGACUGACCAGUAACCAUAACAAGCUUCGUGGACUGGAGGACAUACGCAACUACACGCGGAAUAGCGCUGAAGAGGAUUAUCCAUCGCGGAACACGGAGCUAUGGGACCUGGCCAUUGCUGCCGGGCUGAAUAAUUCAUCCCCAACUUUCUGGCCCAUUUAUCAGCAAUCUCUGUUUUUCGGCGAGGAAGGGGGUCUUCUGGGUGCGCUAUCGCGACAUAAUCUUGAUGCCGUCGUCCUCCCAUCCUCGUUGGCAUCGGACAUUCCCGGCAUCAUCGGCACGCCAAUCAUCACCGUCCCAUUUGACUCGUUUCCUGCCAACGCAUCUGUUGAGUAUAACGGGCGAGGGGACCUAGUUGACGCGGCACCGGGAAUUCCACUGGGAAUUAGUUUCCUAGGGCCAAAGUGGAGCGAAGAGUCACUCAUCGCAAUGGCCUAUGCGUUUGAGCAGCGAACAGCCGCAAGGGGAAGACUCCAACGCGUGGUUGAACCACUGGUAGAGUUAGAAGAUGUGGUGGGUUAA